UAUCUGCGAUAAGUGACAGAUACGCAAGUAUCGUCCAUCCCUAUUGGAAACCUGUGACUGUGAUGAGCAGGGCUACAGCUCUACCUGGAGCACAAUAAACAAACAACAACGCAAUGGGUUUUCCGCGCAUUCUCAGCAAGAAUAACAAGAUCUACACAAAACUGGGUGAGUUCUGUCUCUCUGGGGAUAGCUUCUGGAUUGUCUGCCACACAUGCCAGGAGGAACUACAGACGCAAGAUCAGUUCUGGAAGCACAUACAGGACGAACAUAAUUUUCUCCACGGCGUUGCCAAGGAACACAGUCGAACAUCCAGCUACUGCUUGACGGAUGUGGAGGCGGCAGCAGCAACUUCUGGCGCGACGACGUCCCAGGGCGCAGGUAGUGUGACUUCUGUGACCGUUCCCUUGGCCCUCUACCACUGCUCUACCAAGUACUCUGAGGACGACCAGCGGGAAAUUGACAUUCACGAAGCACACCAACACCAACAGCAACAGCAACAGCAACUACAACAACAGCAACAGCGGGAUGUGGCCAAGGAGCUGGCCGAGCUGCAUGCGAAUGCUGUAGCGGCCGCCGCUGCAGCCGCUGUCGCUGCGAAUGAAAGCAGUACUCGUAGCAGCAGCGGCAUAGACAUAAAGAUUGAACCUCCAUGCCUUACCCUGCCGCCGGAGAUGCAAGCAGCCGCAGCGGCGGCAACUGCCAAUGCCACCAUCUACCACUUGCCACAGUUGGGGCCAACGGUGGUACCACCGCCCGUGCCUGCGACGGGCUUCGUCGGUGCCAGUGUUAGCACAUCUACCACAGUCAGCACCACCCCGCCAAAUGUGACGGGCAGCCAUUCGGUCAUGCAGCAGCAACAGGCAGGUGUACUGACUGGUAGUAGCCUCUCCACGCUCAGCAUGUCAGUAGGACCUUCAACUGCGAUGGCAGCGGCCCUGCUUUCUACCCAAGAGCUGCCCAAGGACUCGAACAGCACCACGGCCAGCGCCGGGAGCGCGGUCUCCUCGGACGACGGCGAGCGCUGGUACAUUUGCGACUAUGAGACAUGCGGCCUGAAGUUCAAAUACAAGUCACGCAUGGAGCUGCACCGGGUGGUGCACAGCAAGGAGCGCCGCUUCAAUUGCGAGCUAUGCAGUGCCUCCUUUAAGCAGUCAUGCAACUUGUCCACGCAUCGUAAGAAAAAGCACGCGCUUCGUGGUAUCAAGAGCGAAAUCCUUCCGCAGCGGUUCUAGGCGUGGUACAUGCUUUUCCACUCCAUAGGCUACCUCUCUCCCUGCACACACUUGUUUAAAACCCUGCAAAUAAUUGCAGGAUCAAUCCGACUAGAUGCUACUUUCUCCUUCCCCUUACUGGUUUAAGUUAAAAUGCUAUACUACACUUAAAAACCAAAUUAAAAAUACAUUUAUUUAAUUAAGGCUUAGGUCCCUGGUCACCGUUUAGCCAUUGUA